UAGUAUUCAGUCAAAAGAUCAAACGGUACACCGUCGGUGUCUGUGCAUUUGCAGUACCAUUUCCUACGGUAGACCAACGGUAGCUCAACACGUGGCAGAGCGGCUGUUAAACAGAAGCGUGCUUCGGCUUGGAGAAUCACUUCGGUUAGGCACUUGUAGGCAGUGAUUUUCUUUUUGCCAGGAAGAAUAUCCCCAACCAGGGCAAUGGAUACAAGAAUAGUUGUAUUCAUUAUUGGCACACUGUUCCUGGGAGCGACGGAUGGCGAUAUUUCUCCUAGUGAGCGGUGCAUUCUCCGCGAUCGAACACCGAUCGGACUGUACCACAACGUGGGCAAGUGUUCAUGCGUGAAAGCACGCCAGCAAGCCGUCCAACUGAAGAAUCCCUAUGUACCGGUGUGCACGGUGGAUGGAAAGUUUGCCAGAGUGCAGGUACCACCUACCAAUCAGGGACAGCAGUUUUGUGUCGAUCCUGACUUCACCCGGGUGCUGGAAUUUGGAACAUCGUGCCGUUGAUGAACGGCAUUCGGAAUGAAUUCGGUUAAAUCCCACCGAGACUUCCCUACAUAACUAAAUGCGUUUUUUUUUUGUCAGGAGAAAGUCUACAGCCAGUGCUAUGGAUACAAGAGUAAUCGUAUUUCACUGGGCGAUUCGUAGCUUUCCAUCAACGUCUGUUUACUGGUUACGCUUGACCUUUCCCAUAGCAUUUUUUAACGAGACAUGUAGUCCCCGUUGUUGAUCGAUUAGGUAUACAAGUGCACAGUCUUUGAUUCUUUCUGAUAUAAACAAAUUUUCA